UCACUUGCUUGCACCAUAACCAGCACCACUAAUUCAGCAAAAAAGACCUUCCAUCUGGUACAAACUCAGCAGCAAGCAAAAUGGUCGCGACACGCUCUCGUGGCAAGGCCACAGGCGACGCCGCCACCACCAACGCGCCUUCCACUACAUCCAUCCUCAACGCGCCGCCCAAGCGUGCCCCGAAGCGCAAGGCCGAGGAGGCCCCGGCAGCUGAGCCCGCUGCACUCUUCACAGCCGCAAAGAAGCCAACCAAGAGGACCAAGACUGCAGAGCCCGCUCCCAAGAAGCCCGCCGACAAGCCCGCCACAAAGCCCGCGACGCGCACGACCAGGCGCGCGGCAAAGCCCGUCGAGGAGACUCAGGCUGAGGACACAGAAGCGCCAGAGCCGGCCAAGCGUGCCACUCGCGGUCGCAAGGCCGCAGUACUCCCUCCCAGUAAGGCAACAGCACCCGCUCCCACGAAGGCAACAACAACCGCUCCCAAGAAGGCAGCAGCGCCCGCUCCUAAGAAGGCAGCAGCGCCCGCUCCUAAGAAGGCAGCAGCACCCGCUCCUAAGAAGGCAGCAGCACCCGCUCCCAAGAAGUCCGCUCAGAAGCCCGCGACGCGCACGACCAGGCGUGCGGCAAAGCCCGUCGAGGAGACUCAGGCUGAGGACACAGAAGCGCCAGAGCCGGCCAAGCGUGCCACUCGCGGUCGCAAAGCCGCUGAGCCAGCUCCUCCAGUCCAGGACGAAGAAGCCUUGCAGGCCAUCCUGAACCAGGAAGCUCUUGAAGAGCUGCCCAUCGACUACCCCACCACGCCGGCACAUAUCGCAGAGGCACAUGGAAACCAAAAGGCAUUCAAGGAGCUUGCCGCCGAGUAUCCAUCUACCCCCAAUGAGUUUGUGGAUGCGCACGAGAACCAGCAGGCGUUUGAGCAGAUGGCGGGCUACCCCAAGACUCCCUCCCAUAUCACUGCUCCGGUGUCUUCACGAGAGGCACUUCGGGAGUUGCCCAUCGACUACCCUACCACGCCGGCACAUAUCAUGGCUCCGGUACCUUCGCGAGAGGCACUUCGGGAGUUGCCCGUUGACUACCCUACCACGCCGGCACAUAUUAUGGCUCCGGUAUCUUCGCGAGAGGCACUUCGGGAGUUGCCCAUCGACUACCCUACCACGCCGGCACAUAUCAUGGCUCCGGGUCUUGACCAGCUCCCCGGUUAUCCAAACACCCCAGCGCCUAAGGAUGCUGCAAGCUCUCCAGCACAAGCCCACGGCACACCCGAGGCACCACCCAGCGAUAGUGCCACCGAGGAGUUCGUAUCAGCUCUCGAGGUCACCGAAGCGGACCUUAUGGAGGUCGACGGUGAAGAGUACACUAUCAAGACUACACCGCCUCCCAAGGUCAACUUCAGCAUCGACGGCAGCCUCAGCCUGGCGCCCACGCUGGCCCCUCCAAAGUCGGCUGCCCGUGCUUCCCCAACCAAGUCUGCUCUUCGCUCGCCGCUUAAGAAUGGCACGAAGACUCCGAAGAAGCAGGUUACCUGGCCGGAGGACUUCGAGACCGAAGAGGACGACACCUUCGACCUGGCUAUGCUUCUCCACGGCAUGCGCUUCUUGGUCGAUGUGACUUCCAAGGGCGAAGACCAAAGUCUGUUUUAUGUAACUUCGCUCGAAGACUUCGGUGCCCAGGUCGUCCGCGAGUGGACCGAGAAUACCGAAUUGACCCACGUCAUCUUCAAGGACGGCUCGCAAGAUACCAUUGACAAGGUUCGCGCCUCCAAUGGUGCGGUCAAGUGCAUCAAUACCGGCUGGCUGAUGGAGGUCGAGGCGACAAAGAAGCGCGUAGACGAGAGCAAGUUCGCCAUCGACCUGGAUACGGUGUCCGUGUGCACGCCUGUGUCUCGUGCUCCCAGGAGGCGUGAUUUCUUUACCCCCGCGAAGACACCAACGAGGUUCCUCAAUAAUAUUGAGUCAAGCUCUGCGGCGAAGUCCAUUGAGGACCUUCCAGCCACGCCUACCUCUUCCGAUUUUGACCGGUCCGUGGACACAAUUGAAGACAAGGAGAACAACGGUAGCAACUGGGAGGACAGCACCUUCUUUAAGAAGUUUUCCUUGUCCGCUCCAGCGAGGAAGCCAUGGCGCAAGGCGCAGGCCCUAUCCGCUGCUGCGAAGACCCCUACCAAAGAGAGUCUGCUUCGUGAGGCGCCUAUCAAGAGCUCCAUGUUUAGUGAGCGUCCCAUCAAGAGCGCCAUGUUCAGCCAGCCUGCUGUCAAGAGCUCGUUGUUUGGACAGACCGCCGCCAAGGAGUCAUUGUUCGACCAGCCUCCGAUCAAGGGUCCGCUCUUCGCCACGGCUCCAAAGCUUGGAGAGAACGCAGCAAAAGACUCCCUGUUCAGUCAAGGCCCCAUCAAAUGCCCUCUCUUCGCGCCAACCCCGAAGAAUGGGCAGAGCCAGCCACCCAUCAAGGGCCCACUUUUCGCUGUGAACCCAAAACUCAAUUUCUCAAAGAUGUCCCCGAACAAGAACGGGUCUCUAUUUGGCCAGAGCCCUCCGAAGCCCGCCUCUGUUGACUUUGCGCCUGCUGCUGCGGACACCUGGUUCGACCAACACGCCAAGAAGUCCACCUUGCUCGGACAGGGCCCGGUCAAGUCCUCGACUAUGAGCGUGCAGAGGCCUGGCAGACUCUCAGCUUUGCUCAACAAGGGAGUGCCUUCCACCCCUACCGCCUCUCGUGUUGCUCCGGCUACGAACUUCUUGUCCACCCACAAGAAGAGGACAGCAUCUGAGACUUUCGGUGGCAGCGUCACCGCGACUCCCGCAAAGAAGUUCCGGCCUCUUUUCUAAAUGACAUUGCGUCUUUUCUUCCUUAUCCAUCAAUGGAUCAAAGCCUUCGGGCAUGCAUUGCAUAAAACGGUGUUUGUGAUUUGGUUGGGCGGUUGGAAAAUACCCUUGGGAGGCAAUCGCUUGUACGAUUGUUGUCGGAGUUCUUGUUUUGAUGGGUGGCUUUGUGUUCUGCAUGGCCACGGUCUGGCGUUUGGGUUGGUCUUUUCUGCAGGUUGUUCUACUCCUAGUGGUUGAACUGACCCUCAGUCCUGAUCUCGCAUCGCGGCUUGAGAUCCGAGGUUGUAGGCCUGAAACGGCCUCCCAACGAUCAACAAAAGCCAGGUGUUUGAGAUUGGGCUGGGGGGAGGCAAGGUAGCGAGACUUAGAAUUACCUGCUUGAUUGUGUUAUUGUGGUGUAUUGUAGACGGAAGGAACUGGCACUGUAACGAAAUGAAC